AUGGCAAUGAAAGUAGCAAUUCUCGCCGGCGUCACGUCCUGCGCCCUCUGGGGUAGAGCAAUAUGCACUUUUGUGCCGCAUGGGAUUGACAGAGAUCCUUCCUCCGUCGAUUACGCCUCCAGAACAGAACGUGCUGCUCCUCCGCGGUUUAUUCAAUCAAAGGCAGGCUUCAGUCCCGUGGUGGGACUUCUAUCGUUGUUGAUGAGUUUACUCAGGCAGCUCACCGGUACAAACGCCCCCCAACCUUCGGGACUUCGGGAGGCCGGUACGGGUUUUCCGCCCCAAAUGGAACAGUUCAUCGACGACGCGGUCGCCAACGCGGAAAAGAAAGCAGUAGCGCAGCUGAUGCAAGAUAAUAGAAGCCAUGAACUUGAUCAAGAGUUGCUGCAUAUUGCCGAGGAACGUCUCAAAAAAUAUUGGUACAUCGGACAAUGCAGAAGGGACUACACAGCAACGUGCCCGGUUGACUGGAUUGAAACACAAGAUGGACUAUGUGCUCCUCCUGUGGAAUACACUGGCCCAAAGAAGAAUUUGCUUGGAAAUGUCAGGCGACUUGGCCGUCGCCUCCCAGAGACUUCAGCGCGACUUGUCCGGCAAACUGGGCGAACGUUGGAGAACACCUGUGCAUAG